AUGGUCUCCUUGAAGCAUUACGCUACGGCCCUGAUCGGGCUCGCGCAGAUUGCGACAGCCUCAAAUAUUACCGCGCUGCUAUCACAGCUCUCCCCAGCAGCUGAGGUGUUUUAUCCUUACGCGACAAACUGGACCGACACUACCCAGCGGUGGACAACAUAUGAGGAACCGACUUUUUUCGCCUCCAUCAAGCCGAACACGACUCUUGAUGUGCAAAGGAUUGUCAAAUAUGCCUCGACGCACAAUAUCCCCUUCCUCGCCAUGGGUGGAGGACACGGCUACACGACAACGUUCGCUGAGCUGCAAUACGGCCUCGAGAUUGACCUUAGCGGCUUCAAUCAGGUAGCCGUGGAUGCGGACGCCAACCUAAUGACCAUAGGAGGUGGUGUGCGGUUCCGUGAUAUUUUCGAGCCGCUCUACAGCGCUGGAAAGGAGAUCCGAGCCACACUGGGCGCCGGUGUGGGUCGCUACCAAGGCAUCCACGGCCUGAUUAUCGACGCGCUCGAGUCCGUGCAACUGGUAACCAGCAAUGGCAGUCUCAUCACCGUGUCGAAGACCAAGGAGCCCGAACUCUUCUGGGGCAUGCGCGGUGCGGGUUUCAAUUUCGGGAUUGUUACCGAGGCGACAUACACCAUCUACGACCUGACCAACAAUGGUUCCGUCUUGAAUGCCGACUUCCUAUUUCCGGCCAGUGCUAAUGGCUCGUUCUUUGAAAUCCUUGCCUCAUUUAACGGCACUCUCCCACAGCCACUUUCUCUGUUUACUCUGGUCAUCAACGAUACUACCUAUGGUCCCUCUAUCAUCCUCAAUGCAGCCUACGCCGGCCCUAAAUCCGAAGGUCUCGCUCAUCUCCAACCAUUCCUCGACCUUCCCUACCACAAGCGCAACAUCACCCAGCUGACAUGGAACGUACUCGAUACAUCGGCGCUCUUCGGUAUGGACGCGGACUUCUGCAUCGACGGCGACAUGCACAAUCUUUGGGCGCUGGGAGUGGCGCGCAUUGAUGUACCCACUCACAUUGCUUUUUUCAACACCAUGGUUGACUUCUACUACGCAUACCCGGAAGCAACGGGGUCCAGCUACGAGAUUGAAUUCUUCUCCACACAGGCAGUGCGUGCCGUGAAGGAUGAAGAAACAGCGUAUCCUUAUCGGGAUAUCACAGCGCAUGUGAUGCUCACAUUCGCCUACGAUGACGCCUCCUUGUCACAGCCGGUGAACGACCUGGCUAGUCGUUGGAUCACAAGAUUCAAUGCGACCAGUGGAUUCGAUCGGCUUCAGGUGUAUGUGAGCUAUGCUCAUGGCACGGAGGGCUUGAAUGCGUGGUAUGGGGCUGAGAAGCUGCCACGAUUGUUGGAGUUGAAGAAGAAGUGGGAUCCCAAGGGGUUGUUUGUUUAUAACAAUGGGUUGCCGGUGAGGCAUUGA